AUUACGCAUCUCUGUUGCCUAGAUCUACGUCGCCUCCGGCUCUGACUACCAAGUCCGACCCUACGGGGGGAAUACGAGGCUAGCGCGUGGGGUUGCAGAAUCCGAAGCCCGUCUUAUCACCGAAUCUGAAUCCCAGAACCCGAUAUGUCCGCCCGGCAAUACCAGGGUUGGCCAUAGAUUCAACUACUAUAUAUACAACGAGCCAUCGUCUGCGUCACAAUCAUCCAUCACCGACAACUACAGUCUCAUCAACCGACAAAAUGCUCAGGGUACUCUAUAACCAACUGUUCGUCACCCCCGCCCUCCCCUCCACCCCGACGCCCUUCAACCACCGCACCGUCAUCAUCACCGGCGCCAACACUGGCCUGGGUCUCGCGGCAGCACAUCAUAUCGCGACCGGUCCGGUCAGCAAGCUCAUCCUCGCAGUCCGCAAUACGGAAGCGGGUGCCGCUGCCCGCGACGCCCUCCUGAGCGCCCAUGCCCACCUCGACCCCCAAGCCAUCGAGGUAUGGCCCCUGGACCUCGCGUCUUACGACUCGGUGCGCGCCUUCGCCGCGCGCGCAACCUCCACUCUAGACCGCCUGGAUGUGGUCCUCUGCAACGCGGGUCUGGCUACGUACCAGUAUUCAACCGCCGAGGCCCAUGAACGCACCAUCACGGUGAAUGUGAUUUCCACCUUCUUGCUGGCAGUAUUAUUGUUGCCGAAGUUGCGGGCGACGGGGGAGUUGAGCAGGAAGCAGCCGGGACCACAAGAACCAGAACAACGGCCGGUUGUGUCCAUUGUCGCGAGCGAGGUUCAUGCCUUUGCGCGGUUUCCGGAGCGUCGAGCGCCAGAGGAGAAAGGCGUCGGAAUCUUUGAGGCACUCGAUGACCCGGACCAUUACUACGGGACAAUGGGGGAGCGGUAUCAUGCGUCGAAGCUGUUGGAUGUAUUGCUGGCACGGGCGCUGGCCGACCGGGUAGCCGGGGACCAGGUGGUGGUGAACUGUUUGAACCCCGGGCUCUGCCGGUCACAAUUGUCGCGCGAGAUGGAUACGGCCCUCGUCCGGGGGGUCUUGCACCUGUUGGGGCGGACGCUGGAGGUGGGAGGAAGAACGUUGGUAGCGGCAGCGGCGGCCGGGCGAGAGAGUCAUGGGCAGUACAUGUCGAAUGGGGAGCUGGCUCCGCAUGAAUUGUCGAGCUUUGUGACGAGUGACGAUGGCAGAAAGACGCAGCAGAGGGUGUGGGAGGAGUUGAGCCAGAUCUUGGAGAAGAUUCAACCGGGUGUGAUGCAGAAUGUGCGAUGAUGAAUCAAUGACUCAUGAAUGUAUGAAUAGGUUAGAUGUAUAGUAAUACCCCGUUCCACUCCAUGUUACCCAAUUUCCAAGAUUCUUGUUUCGCCAGUCGAUUCUAUUUCAGGUUGCGCCUGUAUCUGCGGUCGGGUUGUUGCUCCUUGGACAUCUGUCACUGAGAUCGUCAUGUAAGGCGAGCAGCAGGUCUGACUUUGCUCGAGUGACCCUGUAUAGGAGCGAGUAGAGGACGCCAGACUCGUGUCUCAAGCUCUUGGCCUUCCCGUCACAUCAGAUCCCCCAUGCCGAGCGCAGACGCGUCGCGUAGUCGGUUUAUUUCCU